AAAACACACACACACACACACACACACACACACACAACCGAGAGACAGCAGUUGUUUAUCACGACCUCAACUCAGUGAGGCCUGAGAUUCUUUCGAAAAGGAGCUUUGCUUCCCAUGACGCAGAGGGAAGUGUCAACUGGGAUAUUUCUGGUAAAACUGAAAGCAAGAAAAGCAGGGUGCUAGCCCCUGUGGGACUGAGGGUGGAGGCUGGGGGAGUUUGGGUGCCAUCCUCCAGUGACAGAUGGAUGGACCUUUCAUCUAAGAGAAAGGAGGAGACACGUUGGCAAAUCAACCUCAAGCCUAAGAUUGCCUGUGAAGCAAUCAUCAGGAGGAACAAAAAGAGACACAAAAACAGAGAGAAAGAGCCAAAGGACAAGAAGGGCGCAAACUGUGACAGACUCACCGCUUCACUAACUACUCACUUAAACUGGAAGCAAAAUGUCCCUAAAAUUGCCAAGGAACUGGGAUUUCAACCUGAAAGUGGAGGCUGCGAAAAUAGCUCGGUCAAGGAGUGUGAUGACCGGCGAGCAGAUGGCUGCCUUCCAUCCAUCGUCCACCCCCAACCCGCUGGAGAGGCCCAUCAAGAUGGGCUGGCUGAAGAAGCAGAGGUCCAUCGUGAAGAACUGGCAGCAGAGGUACUUUGUGCUGAGGGCGCAGCAUCUCUACUACUACAAGGACGAAGAGGACACGAAGCCCCAGGGCUGCAUGCCUUUACCAGGAAGUACAAUAAAGGAGAUCGCCACAAACCCGGAAGAAGCUGGGAAGUUUGUCUUUGAAAUCAUUCCAGCCUCAUGGGACCAGAAUCGCGUGGGACAGGACUCCUAUGUCCUCAUGGCCAGCACCCAGGGAGAGAUGGAGGAGUGGGUUAAAUUCCUCCGGAGAGUUGCUGGCACACCCUGUGGAGUGUUUGGCCAGCGCUUGGAUGAGACUGUGGCCUAUGAACAGAAAUUCGGCCCCCAUCUGGUGCCCAUCCUGGUGGAAAAAUGUGCAGAGUUCAUCCUGGAGCACGGCCGGAAUGAAGAGGGCAUCUUCCGUCUGCCUGGGCAGGACAAUCUGGUGAAGCAGUUGAGAGAUGCUUUUGACGCUGGGGAGCGGCCCUCCUUUGACAGAGACACAGAUGUGCACACUGUGGCUUCCCUGUUAAAGCUCUACCUUCGAGACCUCCCAGAGCCCGUGGUUCCCUGGAGCCAGUACGAAGGGUUCCUGCUCUGUGGGCAGCUCACGAAUGCGGACGAGGCAAAGGCUCAGCAGGAGUUGAUGAAGCAGCUCUCCAUCCUUCCUCGUGACAACUAUAGUCUCCUGAGCUACAUCUGCAGGUUCCUACAUGAAAUACAGCUGAACUGUGCUGUUAACAAGAUGAGCGUGGACAACCUGGCUACUGUGAUUGGUGUGAAUCUCAUCAGGUCGAAGGUCGAAGACCCUGCCGUCAUCAUGAGAGGGACUCCUCAGAUCCAAAGAGUGAUGACUAUGAUGAUCAGAGACCAUGAAGUCCUCUUCCCCAAGUCCAAGGAUAUACCCCUGUCACCCCCUGCCCAGAAAAACGACCCCAAGAAAGCUCCAGUGGCCCGAAGCUCUGUGGGCUGGGAUGCCACUGAAGACCUCCGAAUUUCUAGGACAGACAGCUUCAGUAGCAUGACAAGGGACUCUGAUACAACAACCAGCCCCACUGGACAGCAGCCGAGCGAUGGGUUUCUGGAGGACAGCAGCAAAGUACCCAGGGAAAAGCCAGGAGAUUGGAAAAUGCAAUCUCGUAAAAGGACUCAAACACUCCCUAACCGGAAAUGUUUCUUGACACCAGCUUUUCAGGGUGCCAACAGCAGCAAAACGGAGAUCUUUAAAAAUGAAUUCUGGUCGCCUUCCUCAGAGGCUAAGGCAGGGGAAGGGCACAGGAGAACGAUGUCUCAAGACUUGCGCCAACUUUCUGACUCCCAACGGACUUCCACCUACGAUAACGUCCCUUCCCUGCCAGGGUCCCCUGGGGAGGAAGCCAGUGCACUCUCUUCCCAAGCCUGUGACUCCAAGGGAGAUACUCCUGCCAGUCCAAACUCUGAAACUGGACCUGAAAAAAAGAACUCUGGAGAAGAGGAACUUGAUUCUUUGCAGAGGACGGUCCAAGAGCUACGAAAGGAAAUAGAAACACAGAAGGAAAUGUAUGAGGAACAGAUUAAAAACCUUGAGAAGGAGAAUUAUGACGUUUGGGCUAAGGUGGUGAGGCUCAAUGAAGAACUGGAGAAGGAAAAGAAGAAGUCUGCAGCCCUAGAGAUCAGCCUCCGCAACAUGGAGCGCUCCCGGGAGGAUGUUGAGAAGAGGAACAAGGCCUUGGAAGAAGAAGUCAAAGAAUUUGUCAAAUCCAUGAAGGAACCCAAGACCGAGGCUUAGGAGUCCCAGGAGUACUGCAGGGACAGCCCCAGAGAGGCCCAACUCUGACCCCUUUCUCAGUGCUACCUGAUGACGGGGAAACAAAAUUACUCUCUGAGAGGGAAAGGACAUUUGAGGGGAACAUCAAAUGUCCCCAUAAAUAAAUGAAUGGAGUUUGCAGGAAGGUGAGGGUGAGCAGAGAUGUGUGUGGACAUCUCUGACCAUCCAUUGCUGUAUUCAAAUGGAUUGUGUUAUUCCACUCUGGUCUCAGGCAUGACCACAUCCAAUGAAGACAUUUGAGGCAGCACAUCUCAGGACCCAGGCAAUAGACUGGCCCCAACACAGGCUGGGCUGAGGUGUGAUUCUUUGUUUUUUGUGUGGAACAGCUCACCUUGUCAGAUAGCCUCAGGGCAUCUCUGAGACACAGGGGCAGAAAAUGACAUUCAUCUUUUGAGUCCUCAUCCAUGGAGUGCUGUGUUUGGGGGGCUACAUCUGCUGAAGCGAGAACCCCAUUCUGCCACCCCACCAGGAUGCCCAUUCUCCAGGACUUCUCCAACUUAUUAUUAGACUAAACCAGAACAAGCAACAAACUGUAUUUAUACAAGCAAAAUUGAUGAGAAAAUUAUAUUCAAAUAAAGCAAAAAUUAAAAAGCAA